AUGUUAGUGGACUUCAACUUGUUUAACCAGCUGGACGAUGUCGCGACGCAUGUCAGCAUUGCUGCCUGUACCGCCGACUUCAAGUCAUCAUCGUCUCUGGCUUCCUCGAUUGCCAAACGAGGAACCUCCGAUGACAGCAGCUGUUUCUCUGGCUCGGUCGGUCUCUCCACCAUCACCUCUUCUGUGGAACUGGCUUCAUCUGGAGAUGUCUCCUCGACAGGUGCCGCAGACAUCAUCAAUGCCUUGGAGCAAGUGCAGAACACGUUGGCCGUGUCCGGCUCUGGCUGCAAGGAAAUGAUCCGAAUGGCCACUUCGGAUCAAGCAGCAGUUGGUGUCUAUGUUGGCUCGGGACUCGGUGGCCAGGGCGUCAUCUCCUCGGUGCUGGACCAGUUGCUGACCGAGAUCGACGACACUGGCAGCGUUGCCCGGCAGACUCUGGUUCAAGUCUGCGACAACUCCACGGCCAGAUACUCCCUUGGUGUCUUUGCCAGCAGCACAGCAGACCUUGCUUCCGUGCAACGGGCGCUACAAUCCUGGCGUAACAGCAGCUGUGUGAGUUCCAUGGAGGAGACGAUCCCGGCCUGGCAGACUAUCACGUUUCUCGGCCCUUCUGCCCCGCAGAACUCUUCGCUGCUAGCCCCGACACCGCAGCAGAACUCGACGCUCGAAAAUAACCACACAUCGCUGGCUCCCCGCGAGCAUCUGCAUAGUCAGGGCCAUGGUGGUUUCCGUUUGCACCGCGGUCUUUCUCAUUCUCAUCUGCACCGCGGACGAGCGGCCACCCAGCCACUGCAGGCGCGGGACGAUACUGGAGAAAUGUGGUGUCAGCGGAGCCGACUUCGACGCCUACAAUCCCUCCGGUUCUACUGGUCGCCAGUCUCGAAGCCCGAUGUUCCCAUCCCUACCGCAAGCCCCCCUGAUCUGCCCCCAAUCCCCAGUGUCCCCUGCUUUACCCUGUUUGACAUCUUCACCAUUGACUGCCCGCCCGAUAACGACAAGUCGCGCAAGACAGCCCACUACACGAGCGCCAAAGCAUCCCCGACUUGCUCUCCAAUACCGGCUAAGUCAUGCGGUGUUCUCUGCACCUCCAACUGCGAUGUCUCGUCUACCACCACCAGCCCAAGGACAACGAUUAGCACCUCGACCUGCAGCGAGGCAUCCACCGUGACUGACUAUUGGGUCUCUUGCGGGGCGACCGCCUGCUCAACAACUAGCACAGCCAGAGUGACAGGUUGUGACGUGACCGCGACGACCACGACCACGGGCCGAUACUGUCUGGCAACGGUCAGCGUCUGGUCAACAGACGAUCAGGGCGAGAACGGGUCCAGUCGAGCCAGCGGACAGGUUACCCUGGCUGACGGCGACGUCGUCACUGUGCCCACUGAGACAGCGGGCACGACGGUCGUGACAGUGGGUGGCGAGAUGUUGACCAUGAUCCCCGCUGAGCCGACAGUGAUCACGGUGAUUGUGACACCCAUGGAGACCUUCACAACCUCGGAGACGUCGUCCUCAUCCUCGUCCUCAUCCUCAAGCACCAGCAAGGUGACUACGUCCACCACUAGCACGAACACAGCCACCUCCACCACCAGCAAGAAGACAACCACAUCCACCACCAAGACCACCACUGCUCCUGCGGAGACCACUUCCGUCAGCUCCGAAUGUGUCGGUGGCACCCUUGCCAACUGCUAUUCCGAGCUCGAAUCUCGCUGCUUUGGAGAGUGCACCUCGUGGCCCUUCCUGAUUCGCAUGAGUGCAUUGAGAACUGCAUCAGUGUGGUGUACGCAACCUGUGACAAUUACUGUCCUGUUCUUUAACACUCUGUAA